AAGUAGAUUUACAUCAUCUAUCAGCAGCUUAUAGCACGUCAUUCCUGCCAAAGCCCUAUUCAUGUGAUUAUUGUAAAUCUCUGUUAGGUAAAGAUGAUGAAAUAGUAUUAAUUUGUGGUCAUAAGUAUCAUAUUUUGUGUUAUAAUAGAAAGAAUAGGAAAUGUGUUUAUUGUGAAAAAUAUUACAAGAGGGAAAUUUUUGAAAAUGUUAAUUCUUUUUUAAAACAGAUUGAAAAAGGUGCAGAUAUACUUACCCCAGAGGAUUUUGAAGAUAAUGAAACUGCAGAGGAAAGUGAGGAGAAAGAAAAUUCAGAAGAAAUAAAAAAUGAAAAGAACUGA